AUGCAGAGCUUUGGCAUUCUUGCUCUUGCACCUUGUCACUCCCUGCCUGUGCUUCUUGCAGCUCCCAGCCAUGCACCAACGACACCUGCAGCCCUCGAGCAUUUCACCAUCAACUUCACCAUCACCAAUCUCCCCUACAAUUCUGACCUAGCCACUCCGGAAUCAGCAAAGUUCAACACUACAAGGAGAGUCAUGAACACCUUGCUUGACCAGCUUCUGCAGGGAACCAGCAUUGGCCCCACUCUCCUUGGAUGCAAAACAAAAGCUUUCAGGCCCGUGACACAAGCUGAUAACACAAGAGUGGACGCCGUCUGCACGUAUAGAAAGGAGCCCUCAGACCCGACCUUGGACAGGGUGGGCCUCUACCACCAAGUGAGCAACAAGACCAGAGGCAUCACGCAGCUGGGUCCCUACAGCCUGGACAAGGACAGCCUCUACGUUAACGGUUACAAUGAACAGCCAGUCCUUCCUGCUCCCAGCCAUGCACCAACGACACCUGCAGCCCUCGACCAUUUCACCAUCAACUUCACCAUCACCAAUCUCCCCUACAAUUCUGACCUAGCCACUCCGGGAUCAGCAAAGUUCAACACUACAAGGAGAGUCAUGACCACCUUGCUCAACCGGCUCCUGCAGGGAAGCAGCAUUGGCCCCGCGUUCCUGGGAUGUGCAAAGACAGCUUUCAGGUUUGGAGUGUGGCUGAGUGUGCCUUUGCAUGUCCCAAGAUCUGAUGAUGGGGCCCAUCAGUAUCUUUCCCUCUUCCUGCCUCUACUUAGGAGUCCAGGUGUGCUCACUGAUGCUCUCCUGCUUUAG